AUGUCAGAGAUUCGUAUUCAUAUUCGACAUUGCAUUUUGUAUGAGUUCCAACAGGGGAACAAUGCAAGUGCUGCUGUUCGCAAUAUAUGUGUUGCACUUGGUGAAGGUGCUGUUGCUGAUCGCACUUGUCGAGAUUGGUUUAAAAGGUUUCGGGAAGGUGACAUGACAUUGGAAGAUCGUCCAAGGUCUGGACGUCCUCUGGAAUAUGAUAUUGAACGAUUAAAAGUCCUGAUCGAAGACAAUCCACGAUUAACCAACCGUGAAUUAUCAGCUAUGCUUCGGUACGACCAAUCCACCAUCGAUCGCCAUUUGCAUGAAAUGGGAAAAGUCAAUAAACUUGGAACAUGGGUUCCACACCAACUAACCUCGGACAGUAUACAGCAAAGAAUCACCAUAUGCAACUUUUUGUUGUCAAAAUGCAACCGACACAGAUUUCUUCAACAGAUUGUCACUGGUGAUGAAAAGUGGGUCCUAUAUGUCAACCAUACACGCAAGCGCCAAUGGGUCAAUCCUGAAGAUUUGCCUGAACCAGAACCAAAAAACGAUCUCCAUCCAAAAAAAGUGAUGCUGUCGAUCUGGUGGGAUUUUGAAGGUAUUACUUACUGGGAACUUUUAUCACCUAAUACCACUGUCGACUCGAAGCUUUACUGCCAACAACUUCAAAAUGUGAAGGUUGCACUACAAGGAAAUCGUUCAGAAAGACGAAAAGUUCGACUCCUCCAUGACAAUGCGAAACCUCAUACGGCAAAAGUAACCCACCAAAAGCUGGAAGAAUUAGGGUGGGGGGUCUUACCCCAUCCACCAUAUUCACCAGAUCUGGCACCUUCUGAUUAUCAUCUGUUCCGGUCGCUCCGCAAUCAUCUGGUGAAAAAACAGUUCGAUGAUCAAGCACAUGUAAAAUCGGAUCUCAAAAGUUUCUUUUCGUCUUUGUCUAAGAAAUUCUUUGAAGAUGGCAUUCUCGAUUUGCCUAAAAGAUGGGAAUAUGUCAUAGACAACAACGGUGUAUAUGUUGUUGAUUAG